AUGCGGCUCGUCCUGAGGAGCGUUAGAGGUGUCAAAACGCUACACACGCCUAUUUAUAAUGGAUUAGAAUUGAAGAACCGACAAGACCUGCUUUCCCAGCUCAGAGUGCUCGAGAAAAUUAUUAUAUCGUCGUCCUACGACAAAUCGCUCUUGUAUAGUGGGAAAUACAAGAAGCUGCCGCAGCUGAUAUCUGGUGGGGACUCAGUCAAGCUUGACUACGUUUUGAAAGAGUUCCUAACGUCUAUGCAAUUGAUGGAGGCCGAAAACCCAGCAAUUCAAAAAAAUCCAACUGCAAAACUGGGCAAGAUUGGCCUUCAAUUGUUUACAGAUUGUCACCAAGAAAACGUCACUGCGUUGGGAACAACUUUAUCGCGCGCUCUAGCAGAACGGUACAACCAACUUCCGCAACCAAGCACGCUCAAUGGGUUGGAAGUCGCUUUGGCAAAAGUACGAGCUUUUUUGAAAGAAAGCCGGAUUCUGGUCAAAAAUCGUGACGAAAUUGACGUGCUUGUGCAGAAACUGUGCUCGCACGAGCAGAACGCGAUUUCGAUCAAAAAAGUGCUGGAAAAACUUGACUAUAAACUGGUGUCCAACGACGUGGUGCGAAUUACCCGCGGACGAAGAACUGAGGACGAGUUGGAAGUGUCCAAUGGGUGGAAAUUUCCCGGAGGAGUUAUCGAUUCCAGUGAACCGUACCUCAGAUCUUUGCAAAUCCCAAAAAACAAACUAGUUUCUGUGAAUAGCCCCAUGUUGGUACUGGUGCAUGACGGAGACCUGCGUGAUGCGAACAAUGUACUUCCGGCUUUGCAUUUUGCUGCAAAACAGGGCAAAUCGAUGGUGGUGAUUGUAAAUGGCGAGUACAAGGGCGAUGCACUCGCUGCUAUCACAAUUCACAACAAUAAAAAUGCAAGACAGAACGUGAACUCGAAGGCCAUUGUGUUCAAAUACUCUUCCCGCGGCCAUGACGGUAUAAGUCUACAAGAAAAUGUCGACUUUCUCAACUUUCUACAAUUGCCUCAUGGAGUGGCCAGUAUUUACUCACCCAAGUUCAGCGAGUUUGUGCCAAGUUCAGCGUCUGCAACGCAAUUCUUCGGCUCUUUAGAAUCGCUCAAGGCCACCACGGGCGAAGCGUUCUUCUACAAUCCCGGAACAGAGAUGGAAAACCGUGCAUUACGAACUACAGUCACUCUGCAUAUUGGUGGGGAAAGCGAGCUUGAAAUUGAUCACAGAAGGGCCGAGCUGGACCAUGUUAUCAACAAUGUGUUGUGCCAUGGCCUAUCGCAGGGCUGGCUCCCAUCACAGGGAAUCUCUUUGGUGAAAGCCAUCAAAGAGUUGGAAGGUGUUUCCAAAGAGAACCCGCUAUACGUGGGACAUCAGGCGGUCAUUGAGACCUUGACGGCGCCGCUCGAGAACGCCCUGCGCAAUAAAUAUAGUGUUCACAGGUUCCAGGCCGCCGCGGCGACGUCCAAGACUAUUGAGGAAUCAGAUUUCAAGACCGCGUUUUUGCCCGACAAGUGUUCCGCUAUGGAAAAAGGCCUUUUGGAGCCUUGGAGCUCGGUAGACCAGGCAUUACGUGGGGUAUCGGGGUUCCUGAAGUUACUGUCGAGUUGUGACGUGCUAGUGACACGGUAUUUCGACAAACCUCGCAAGGAUUAG